CCAUUUGAUUUCAAGCUCCUACUUCAUUAGUUCUCUCACUUUACAUCCUUCUUUUUUUUCAAUUUUCACUUAAUCAAGUGUAGAACAUUCAUUGUUAAGUAUAUAUAGUUACACUGAGAAAUAUGCUUACAUGCAUUGCACGUUCCAAGCAAUCCAGCAAGGACGCGUCGUCGGCCAUCGAUCUUACCCCGCCGGAAAAGUACAACUCCAAUGCUACUCCGACCAAACAAUCCAUCAGAAGCCUCUCCUCUCAGAUCAAGGAUAUGGCGCUGAAGGCGUCGGGCGCGUACCGCCACUGCGCGCCAUGCGCCGCUCAAACGGCGCCGCAUCAGUCCGACUCGGAGAGGUUCCACCGGCGGGCGGGGAGGAGGCAGCUGGAGGCGCGGCUGAAGGGGAUCUCCAGCGGCGAGGGGACGCCGGCGUCGGCGAGCGGGCGCCGAGUCGACCCGGUCGUGUUCGUAGAAGAGAGCGAGCGGAAGGAGUGGGUGGCUCAAGUCGAACCCGGUGUGCUAAUUACGUUCCUGUCCCUGCCACGUGGAGGCAAUGAUCUUAAGCAGAUUAAAUUCAGCCGAGAAAUGUUCAACAAAUGGCAAGCACAAAGGUGGUGGACGGAGAAUUGUGAAAAGGUGACGGAGCUAUACAACGUGCAGAGGCUAAAUCGGCAAGCAUUUCCUCUCCCAGGAGACGACAUGGCCUCAAAGAUAGAAUCUGUCGAACACAGCCCAGUGACUCCGCCUGCAGGCCGCGAGUGCCCCAAUGGAGUAGGGGCUAUGGCCUCCUCUUCCUCGGAUUCACUCGAGCAACACUCUGUGCAGAGCACAGUUAGUGGCACUGCUAAAACAGAAGCUUCCUCGAUGAGGGCUAGCGACGCUGAUCGAUCUGGAGAGAUGUCAAUCAGCAAUGCUGCCAAUAUGGAGACGGAGUGGGUGGAAGAGGAUGAGCCCGGGGUGUAUAUUACCAUCAGAGCUCUGCCUCAUGGUAGGCGAGAGCUCAGACGUGUUCGGUUCAGCCGGGAGAAAUUCGGAGAGACGCAUGCUAGAGUGUGGUGGGAGCAGAAUAGAGCAAGAAUACACGAGCAGUACUUAUGAUUCAUUGGAGAUAAAGAAGUGGCUAUAUAUAUAUAAAUAUAUACAUGAAAAGAACGUUGUGUUUGAUAUGGAACUGUGGAAUACUACGGUAAUCUCAACAUGUACGGAUAUUUUCUGUGCAUCA